CCUCUUAAUGGAAACUGCCUUCAAUUAUCAGUUAUCUACCAAGAAACAAUCAAACGUAACGACAAUAACACUUCUGAAACAUACAUUGGACUCACAGAAAACACCCUCAAAACAAGAUACAGAAACCACAUGGCGUCAUUCCAUCACACAAAACACAGGAACUCUACGGAACUCAGCAAACAUUUCUGGUCCCUUACAGACAACGACAUUGACUAUUCUAUUUCAUGGCGUAUCAUUUCAUCUAGCUCAUCCUACAACAGUUCAAGUAAAAGAUGUAACCUUUGCCUCAAAGAGAAAUUUUUAAUUAUCUGUCAUCCCGAUCUACCAUCACUUAACAAACAUAACAAACUUGUAUCUUCUUGCCGCCACAGAAACAAAGAGUUGCUACAUAAGAACUAAACAGUUAAAUUUAAAUUUUCCCCAACAAUGUAAUCUCAAAGUAUAUAGUUGAUGGUUAUGAAUGUUAUUAUCAUUAAAAUCCCCUGAAGAGUAAGCGAUCACAAAACAGGCUUGUCAGGAUGAACUCUAUUUUAAUACACAAACCCUCUUUUGUGGAAAGCCCAUGAGAGAAUUGCUUGCGGUUAACUGCCACAGUUCACUUACGCCAAGUUCAUUGGUAUCACCACCCACAACAGUGGUUAGUCCAUGGGGUGAUCAAAAACAUAGUUGACUCAUGAAUAAGCUAUUGUAAAAAGCGCAAUGUUCUGUAUUUUGGUGAGACUGGUAGUAAAUAACACGUACCAUUAGUAAAUUUAAAGCAGUAAGGCAAUAAAGCACAUGCGAAACAUACUGCUGUCUGUACAGCACUGCAGUCACACUUGCAGUUAUCACUGGUUGGUGUGUCAGACUUCUCAAAUAGGAAAACUAAACAGCUGACAACCUUCUUACUCCCUCUAUUUUGUAUACUGAGACUGCUGUUAAAAACACGAAUAAUGCAACUUUCUCUUCACCCAUUGCCUUUCAUUGU